GUUUGCACCAGAGUACUUCACCUAUCUACCUACUACUACAGCAUCUUUGUCCCCGCAACAACAGCAACAACAACAACAACAACAACAAGACCACCCUCUCUAUUGAUAUCCUCGGGAAUACAUACGUCACCAUGGACACCAGCGCCAUCGACCAGACCCCUCUCUCCGCCUCCCCCACCGAGCGUCGUGAUUCGCUCGAGAAACAUCUCCAGCAUCGCCCGGACGUCCAGGACCUGAAAGAACGACACAUUCUCCUGGACACCACUGUGGCUCCAUCCCUCCAAGCUGCCCGCCAGGAACUCGCCCGCCAGCAGACGGCCGACGACCUGAAGAAGCACCUCGAGCACCGACCCGACCGCGAGGAACUCGUUGAGCGCAACAUCCUCCCCUCGUCGACCGCCGCCCCCGCCCUGCAAGCCAACGCCCGCGAGCUGGAGAAACACAUGCUGGCCGAUCAUCUCGACCAGAAGAUCGGGUGCCGGCCGGCGCCGGAUGAGCUGAUCUCGCAGGGCAUCCUGACGGAGGACGAGGAUCCGCGGUUCCCGACUGUUUAGGUGAGGUGUGGUUUGUGGUUUGUGGUCUGGUUGAUGCUGGCUGGCUGGCUGGCGUUUGUUUGUUUGUUUGAAGUUGCGUAGUAUUUCAUUCUCGUUUUUUUUUUGUUGGGUUCGUGGUAGGUAUUUAGUACCUGCUGCUGCUGCUGCUGGUGUAGCAGUGUACAACC